UAGUCGUCGCCGCUGCUGCCCUUCUUUCUGUUACUGCGGGCAAAGGCUUGGGAAGCGGAGGAGGGGUCGCUUCUCCGGUUGCAUCGAGCGGGUUUUUCCCCCUUUCUUUUUGCCCGGGGUGAGUCCCUGGCGAGGACGCUGCAGCCGCCUCUGGGCACUCUCCCGCUCUCCUUCCCGCUGCAGAAGAGUUGUAUUUGUAUUUUUGAUAGGGCUUUGCCAUGCGCAAAGACCGAGCAGCAACAACCGCCAGCACCAGCAGCAGGAGGAACUUUCCAAGUAGGAACCUAAUGGCUGCGAAGGGGGAGAUCUAAGAGCAAAGUCUUGUUUCCCAUCCUGCCCGGGGAGAGAGAAGGCUGCGAAGCGGGCGAGGGGGGCAUCCGGCUACCAUGAGACGGAGAACUCAGCACUGAUGCCUGCGUCCCUGCUGCCCCCGGCGGGAGAAAUCAGAGGUUCUCCCUCCCCUGGGUCGCCGCAGACCUAGAGUGCGUGAUACCUCCUCAAAGCCCAUCGGAAGAACCAAGAACUCCCAAGCAGUGCUGUGAACUUCCCUUGGACUCUUCAGCCAGACGAUUGCCCUCUUCUUUCCAUUUCUCUCUUUCCCAUAGAGAUUGGUUAUUAUUUUGUGCAAUUUGGGGCAGGUGUGUUUAGUUGUUUAUAUUAAAACACACACACACACACACAACUAUUUUUGGCUAAUAUCAUGGCGAUGAAAGGGGCUGCCGCAAGCACCGGGAUCUUGUUAGUAACAGCCAACGUUGGAUCUUUGUUUGAUGAUCCAGAAAACCUGCAGAAGAAUUGGCUUCGGGAAUUUUAUCAGGUUGUACAUACACACAAGCCGCACUUCAUGGCAUUACACUGUCAAGAGUUUGGUGGGAAAAACUAUGAAGCAUCCAUGUCUCAUGUGGACAAAUUUGUUAAAGAAUUGUUAUCAAGUGAUGCAAUGAAAGACUACAACAGAGCCCGUGUUUACCUGGAUGAGAACUUCAAGUCGCAGGAACAGUUUACGGCACUGGGAAGCUUUUACUUUCUACAUGAAUCCUUGAAAAACAUUUAUCAAUUCGACUUUAAAGCUAAGAAGUAUAAAAAAGUUACGGGGAAAGAAAUCUACUCAGAUACAUUAGAAAGUACACCUAUGCUGGAAAAAGAAAAGUUCCCACAGGAUUAUUUCCCUGAGUGUAAAUGGUCCAGAAAAGGCUUCAUACGAACAAGGUGGUGUAUUACUGACUGUGCCUUUGACUUGGUAAACAUUCACCUUUUCCAUGAUGCUUCCAAUUUAGUUGCUUGGGAAACAAGCCCAUCGGUUUAUUCAGGAAUAAGGCAUAAGGCCCUUGGUUAUGUACUUGACAGAAUUAUAGAUCAGCGAUUUGAGAGAAUUUCAUAUUUUGUCUUUGGAGAUUUCAACUUUCGACUGGAUGCAAAGUCAGUGGUAGAGACACUUUGUGCAAAGUCUACAAUGCAGACUGUCCGGGCUGCUGACACUAAUGAAGUAGUGAAGCUUAUAUUCCGUGAAUCUGAUAAUGACCGAAAGGUUAUGCUACAGUUAGAAAAGAAACUCUUUGACUAUUUUAAUCAAGAUGUUUUUAGAGAUAACAAUGGCACUGCGCUUUUGGAAUUUGACAAAGAGCUGUCAAUCUUUAAAGACAAAUUAUAUGAACUGGACAUUUCAUUUCCUCCCAGCUAUCCAUACAGUGAAGAUUGUAGCCAGGGAAUGCAGUAUAUGAACACUAGAUGUCCAGCUUGGUGUGACAGGAUCCUUAUGUCACAUUCUGCCAAAGAGCUGAUUCUAAAGUCAGAAAACGACGAGAAGCUAGUGGUUUACGACCAUAUUGGAUCAAAUGUCUGCAUGGGGGACCACAAGCCCGUGUUCCUGUCCUUUCGAAUAGCCGCGGGGGCAGGUAAACCUAUUGCCAAUGUGCACAAGUGUUGUGUCGUGCAGUGAUGUAAUGGUGGGAAAAGAUGUCUCCGGAACGAGAAGAUCUUUCGGGAAAGCUCCUUAUAGCGAGGAGGAGGAAGGCCUCGAGAUCCAUCCCAUCGCUUAUACCGUGACAACUCUAUUCAUCCUCCCGAGUCAGGCGUGCUACGUUAUUGUUUUUAUUAUUAUUAAUUAUUAUUUUAGGCUGUUGAUCAUACACUAUUUUCUUCGGCGUCUGGGCUUUAGCCCCGAAAACAAGAGAAAUAGAGAAACUUCUCAUACCUCACCCUCUCGUAUAUAUCCUGUGACAUCACACGUGGAUUUUUUUAUUUUUAUAUGGAAAUGCUUAUCUUAUGCCACAAUCUGGUUGCCAAAAACAAAAGCUGAAACCUCUGGUUUGCCACGAUGUUCUGUUUUAGGACUUCACUCUGCUUUGUUCUUUUAAGUCUGUCAAUGUGAAAUUAUAUAUAAUAUAUAUAAUAUUCAACAUUUUAAAACAAUUUGCAUCAUUCUUCUGUAGCUUCAAGCCAAGUUGGGAUUUUGUACAUUGCCUUGUAUAGAAGUCCUUGUGUGUUAUUGCUAUAUGUUGACCAAGGUUUAUGGUUCCUGUGAUUGGGGGGGGGGAGAGAGAGGGUUGAAGGGGGGUUGUCAUUUUUAUAACUUUUUGUUUUCCCAUGUUAUUUACUAUACUGCCAUGUCCCAUGUUUUUUGAAUCACAAAACAGCAGCUGCUUUCUAUACGUGUAUAUAUUUAUAUAUUUGUAUGUGAGUGUGUAUAGAGAUAUAUAUAUACACAGAUAUAGAAAUAAUUUAUAAUUAUAAACCGUUUGUCUUUCCUGCUACAAAAUAGCCAUCCCCCACCCGCCCCCAAACUAGCAUAGUCUGCCCAACCGUUAAAGUGGCAGUCAAUUUCACUGGGUUUCCAUCUGGCCCACUCCAGAUUAAAUUUUCUAAAUGAUUGAGUUAAGACCGAGAUGGAGAGAAAAAGAAAACCCUAAUAGGUGAAGCACCUCGACUUUGAACUGAAAGCCAGUGCGAUCGGUGAGACUCCCUGCCCCUGUCCCCACAUCAUAAGCACAUUUACGCUGAAGUAACACCAACUGGGACCAUCGGUGCACGUUUACUCCGAAGUAAGGAUGAGUAGGGCCUGCUGCAGCCCUAACUUCCCCCGCCGCCGCCCUGGCCCUCUGGGGCCUGCCUCUUAUACGAUGGGGCUUGAGAGUAGAGCCUGCCAGGAUGCGGCAGGGGCACCCACCUGUCCGGGUGGGCCAGUUGCCAAGUGGGAGGCUUCCUUCCAAGCUGUCCCAAAUGCUUCUUUGCCUGGUGUGUGUGUCGAGAGAGAGAGAGCGCCAGGACCCUUCUCCUUCACCAGCCACCUGUAUUCACCUCUUUCAGCAGCAAAUUCUGGUGCCAAGUAUUCUAACAGGAAGAAGACGGGAAAAGGCAGACAGCCCCCGUCAGGUAGCAGUUUUUUUACUGUAACUAAGGGGGAAAAGGGGGGGGUAAAUCUUAAAACUGUUUGGCAGCUCUCCCUCCCGACCUUCUGCGUCCCCCCAAUACCCCACAGCUCUUAUGUCUCUCCCCCGCCCUCCCCAUAAAGCAUUAAAAGGUGAUUAGCGAGUCUGUUGCUGAAACACAAACGGAGGGGCUUUAUUGAUUUAAUUUAGAACACUACCGAGUUCAGGGACCGGGCAAUGGCGGGAGCUGGAGCCUGCGUUGGUGGAUAUAAAUCAAUCCCACGCGUGGCGGGGAAAGAGGAGUGAGAGUCAGAAAGCUCAGAGGAACCCCGGUCGCUGGGCGUAUGCCACUGAUCAACACCCCCCUGCUCCUCCCGCCGCUGCGGCUGAGGCCUCUGGCGGGAUGCACAGACACCAGGAAGGAUGGCGGGGAAACUACGCGCGGAGUGGGAGAAAGUUUGUCAUUUUUGCGUGCUCACUUUGAAAUGAGCAUUCAGGUUCUCAAGCAAUAAAACUGAUCAUGGUGAAAACGA